AUGAUUGUACACCGGCUGACCUCAAGAGGGCUGAUAAACCUUUAUGCUCCUCUAAGGAAGGGGUGUUGCAGUCCAAGUAUGACCAGACCAAGUUCAGACCUGGCAGCCUUUAGGGAGCACUUCUCCAAGGCAUCCAAUGUAGUCAUCCUCACCGGGGCAGGGGUGAGUGCAGAGAGUGGAGUCCCCACCUUCAGAGGAGCGGGGGGCUAUUGGAGAAAGUGGCAAGCUCAGGAUCUUGCCACUCCUGAGGCCUUCUCUAGGAACCCCUCUCGUGUCUGGGAGUUUUACCACUACCGUCGUGAAGUUAUGCUUACGAAAAAUCCUAAUCCAGCUCACCUGGCCAUCGCAGAGUGUGAGGAGCGUCUGGCCAAACAGGGCCGUUCUGUUACUGUCAUUACUCAGAACAUUGAUGAACUUCACCGCCGUGCUGGAUCCAAAAAUAUCCUUGAAAUUCAUGGAAGUCUGUUUACAACACGCUGCAUAAAUUGUGGUCAUGAAGCAGCAAAUUACAAGAGCCCCAUUUGUGCUGCUCUGGAGGGCAAAGGAGCUCCAGACCCAGAAACACACGAUGCUCAGAUCCCUGUCCAGGACCUACCCAGGUGUGAACAAGCAGGGUGUUCUGGUCUGCUGAGGCCAUGUGUGAUUUGGUUUGGAGAGGCUCUUGAUUCAAACACCCUAGCUCAAGCAGAGAAAGCGCUGGAUAAAUGUGACCUCUGUUUAGUGGUUGGCACGUCGUCGGUGGUGUAUUCAGCGGCCAUGUUUGCACCUCAGGUGGCUGCAAGAGGCGUACCUGUGGCAGAGUUCAAUCUAGAAGACACACCGGCUACUAUGCGUUUCAACUUUCACUUUCAGGGUCCAUGUGGAACGACCUUGCCCCCUGCCUUAAGUCCCCAUGCAUCUGAAAAACAAUGA